UGAACAAGUAAAGCAGUCAUUCGAAAAAAGUAAAAUUAUACAAAAACAUAAACAAAUCUUGUGUGAAAAACUAAAAAAAAGAAUUUGUUUGCCUGUGCAAAAAAUAGUGAUAAAAAUUUAUCGUUUUUCUACUUUAUAUUGUUUUAUUCCAUAGUGAUUUUGAUUUAAAUCUACCAAUUGUAAAAGAGCAUAAGUACAUCAAAGAAAAAUCCAAAAUUCAAAGGAAGUUCACAUAAAUACAGUUUGAAAUUUAAAUCAAUUACUUGCCGAAGAAAGUUUUGACCUAUUCUUCAUUUGUGUAUUUUUAAUACACCGCAAAAGCUAUCGAAGCCGUUGCCUGAUUUAUUCGGGAAUAUAAUAAGGGAGAAAGAGAUAGCAACUGUUAUCAUCCAGUAAACGCAUUUAUUAAUCAUCCAUUCAUCUAGAAAAUCGCAUAUUAUUGUAUUCCAAGAAGGAGAAUACAUAUCCCCUCAUUGCUAAAUUUAAGGAUAUUUUUCUUUGUCCUUGUGUGUGGAAGUUUAAACAUUAUCGUUAAAACGUAUCUGAAAAGGAAAUAGGACACGGCGGACAUCAUUACACAUUCGAAAAAUGACUGAAGUCGAGCAACCUCCACAGAAUGGCAUCGAUUUGUCGGCCAACGAAGAAGAUGAUAAUAGCAAAUCUCGACCAGCCGAUAUAGAGCAGGAUAUGCGCGAAAUGGAGCGACGCAAAAGGGUCGAAGCAAUUAUGGGCUCCAAACUCUUCCGCGAAGAGUUAGAACGCAUUGUUGAUUCAGCACGUGAUAGUGGUAAUGCCGAUGGUAUUCUACAACAACUUUCGGAUAUUGUUGGUGUGCCUGCCACCCGUGUGGGUAGUGUUUUCAGAGCAUCCAAUUGCAUGCAGCCCAUCAACGAUAUUCGUGGUGUGGAGUCCAUGGGCUAUGCCAAAGGCGAAAAAAUAUUGCGCUGCAAAUUGGCUGCCACUUUCAGAUUGCUGGAUUUAUAUGGCUGGACCCAGGGUUUAGGUGCUCAGAUAACAGCACGCCUCAAGGUUGAUCAAGAAUAUUUCUUGGUUAAUCCCUAUGGCUUGCUGUACCAUGAGUUAACUGCCUCAUCGUUGAAUAAAGUGGACAUGCAGGGCAACAUUGUGGAGCAGGGAACGACUAACUUUGGUGUUAACAAGAGUCAUUUUGUACUUCAUUCCGUUGUCCAUGCCGCUCGUCCCGAUAUUCGUUGCGCCAUUUACAUUGGUUGCAGCCCAGUGGUAGCUAUUUCAUCAUUGAAGACUGGUCUACUGCCAUUAACUAAAGAUGCCUGCGUUUUGGGAGAGGUCACCACAUUCUCAUAUGCCGGCUGUCUUUAUGACCAGGAGGAACGCGACAAAUUGGUCCGCAAUUUGGGUCCCAACUCAAAAGUCAUGCUAUUGACCAAUCAUGGUGCCUUGUGCUGUGGAGAAACUAUCGAAGAAGCCUUCUUUGCCGCCUGUCACAUUGUACAGGCCUGUGAAACUCAAUUGAAACUACUGCCAGUGGGUUUAGAUAAUUUGGUACUAAUACCCGAAGAAUCACGCAAAACCAUCUAUGAACAAUCGAGAAGACCUCCCGAGGAUCUGGCAAAGAAAUUUGCUGCUGCCGCCGCUGUUACAACCGAAGAAGAAGAUAAGAAAGAGGCUGCUAGUGGUGAAACCAGCAAGGUAAUUGGUCAACCACCCAAAUGGCGUGUAGGUGGUGCAGAAUUUGAGGCAUUGAUGCGUAUGUUGGAUAAUGCCGGCUAUCGUACCGGUUACAUUUAUCGCCAUCCUUUGAUUAAAACGGAACCACCAAAACCCAAAAACGAUGUUGAACUACCGCCAGCAGUAUCAUCUUUGGGUUAUUUGUUGGAAGAAGAAGAACUAUUCCGUCAAGGCGUUUGGAAAAAGGGCGUUAUGGGCAAAGGUGGAGAUCGCAGCCGUUGGUUGAACUCUCCCAAUGUCUAUCAAAAGGUGGAAGUUCUAGAAACCGGUACUCCAGAUCCCAAAAAGAUUACCAAGUGGGUUGCCGAAGGUUCACCCACUCAUUCAACACCUGUACGCAUUGAUGAUCCUCUACAAUUUGUGCCAGUUAAUACAAAUCCCAAGGAAUUUAAAAGAUUACAGCAACAGAUUAAGGAUAAUCGUCGUGCCGAUAAAAUCUCAGCCGGUCCACAAUCACACAUUUUGGAAGGUGUUACCUGGGAUGAAGCCAAUCGCAUUAAGGAUGCCACAGUCAGUCAGGCUGGUGAUCAUGUGGUGCUAAUGGGUGCCGCCUCCAAGGGUAUUAUUCAACGUGGCUUCCAACACAAUGCCACCGUGUAUAAGGCACCAUAUGCCAAGAAUCCAUUUGAUAAUGUCACCGAUGAUGAAUUGAACGAAUACAAACGUACAGUGGAACGUAAAAAGAAGAGUAUUCAUGGUGAAUAUACUGAUACAGAUUUCUCAGAAUCUGAAGCUUUGAGUUCAUUACAAACAUCAGGCGCACAACAACAAACCAAACAAAAUACUACUACCACCACAACUACUGCCGCAGUUAGUCAAUCAGAACCAGAAGAUAUGUCAGAACAUCAAGUUAUGAGAAUAGAGACCCAACAAGCCCCAGUUCCCAGUCAGCCCGAAGUAGUUUUGAGCGAUGCAACUCUAAGUUUUAUCAAUGGUGAACGUUCCCAUACGUCUACAAAUCGUAAGCCACCAACAGGUCGAGGCGAAAAUGUACAAAACGGCGAUCAUUCUGAAGCUCAUUUGAGCACUUUUUCACACAGCAGUAAAGAGUUCCAGGAUAUUUCAACGGACGGUUCGCCCAAGAAAGACAAGAAAAAGAAGAAGGGCCUCAGAACACCAUCCUUUUUGAAAAAGAAGAAGGAAAAGAAGAAGGCUGAAGCCUAAAUGAUGAUGUAUUACGACCACAACAACAACACCACGCCCUUAAAACAUCCUUUUUAUAGGAAGAAUAAAAAAAAUGAUAUUUUUUUUAAUAAAAAACAAAAAGAAAAACGGAAACACAUAAGAAAUACAUAUAAAAAAAAACUACCUAAACACACUGGAUAUAAAAGAAAGUAAAAAGUGGAAGAAAAACGUGUUGUUCAAUGCCGCUAAACACACGAAUAAAAACAUAAAUAAGCGAAUGCGCAGUUACCGAGUGCCGACAACAUUUUCAAAUAACAAAAAAAGGAGGAACAAAUAAAUCCACGGGAUUUAUUAUUUCAAUGAUUAUGUACUAGUGUUUAAGUAUAUGAAAACGUGCAAAACAAAUCAACCCCCCCAUACACGCCCAUACCCUUUUUAUUAUGUGUUAAAAAUUAUUUUUGUUUUAUAUCUAAAUAUAUAUAUUUAUAUAUAUAUACACACAUACUUUAUAUAUAUUAUUAUAUUUUUUUUUGUUUGUUAUCCUAAAAACAAAAAAGUGCAAGCUAAAUAUUGAAAAAAAUUAAAACCUAAACGUAUGAAACGAUUAACGAAAAGAGAGGCAUAAUAGCGAAUAGGAAAAACAGUGGAAGAGACGCAGUUGUAGAAACCAAGGUAGAUUAAUAGAAGGUAGAAUCUAUUGCCUAACAACAAGUGCCGUUACUCCAAGUAUCAUAUACGUCUGUGUGGCCUGGAAUAUAAAUUUAGUUGUUUCAGCUUGUAUCUCGUGGUAUUGUAGUAUUUUCUCAUUAAUAUAACAAUAUUGUGAUGCUUUUUAUUGUGCAAGAACAAUUAUAGGUCGAUGGAUGGAUUGCAAACCCAACUUCAAUUGUGUUGCCAUCAGGCAAAUUUGUUACAUCUAUUUUCCAUAUCUGGAGCUGAGAAAAUGUCAAAUUUUAUACUUAUUUUUAUUUCAUGGUUUUAUCUCCUGGCAGCGCACCUCUAGUUAAGCAAUGGUCCAUGAUCCUCCCCUUAAGGCCUGGUUAUGCUCUCGUAAACAUACCGUAAAUGUAGGAAAACGAACGUCUGUCAACCGUAAACCGAAAGUAGAAUUCAGUAAAAACAAAAUUUUACGUUCCGUUUUCGUGUCAGGUGAUAAAAUUUGAAGUUUGAAGAACAAAAAAUGUGGCAAUUAUUACAAUUUAUUACAAAUAAUAAAGCUUAAUUGGUUAGCCCACCAUGAAAAGGUGGCCAGUCUGAACUCUUGUAUAAAGUAAAUGUUGUGAAAAAAGUGAGACAUAUGUGAUAACAAGAAAUCACAAGAAGAGAGUAGGAGUAAGCGCCAAUACGGCGGUAUCGUAUUCGCUAAUGCAUGUUAUCACUAUGUCAUGAAACUAAGGUUUAUUCAGAGAUUCCCCCUCCACGCACUUCGACCUCACUGUACUAGAGCCCACGACCUUGAGGGCCGCCAUAUACACAUACUGAUUUCGACCCGGCACACGAUGAUUAUAAGCACCACAUCAAUUGAAACUCUGAGCUCCAAUUUGUUUGGUGUUCAUUGUCAUUGCGAGAAGCUCAGCUUAGAGCUACCGGGGAGUCCACAGGUUGCGAUUAAUGAAAGGUUUUGUAUACGGAGUAGCUGCAAUUGAAGUCGUGGACAAUCAGCGGUAUCGAAUGAAGAGUCUAGGUCGGAGGCAGGGCGGCAACGGCUCUUGCUUAAAUACGGAGAGCCUGUGAUACGCCAUCUAUUGGCGUCUUUUAAUAACCAAUAGCCAUAACGUUCCCGCGGCGAUCGGUGACCGGAACGAGCUUGAAGAGAAUCACUACCUCCACAUACCUACAAAUGUGGCUACAACAUCAUCAACAACAACUGAUUUCGAAAACUGUAAAUCCCUUCCCAGAAUUUCUUUUGCGUCUAUCGUAAUGACCAUAGUUCUCCCUGAAAUGUUGUGUUGUCGCAGUAUAGUCCCAAUCCGGUCCCUGUCUCCUGAAACUCUCCUCAGUCGGACCACCGCAUCCAUAGUGCCGUAUUCUGUCUCCCCGUGCGGCAAAGGGCGGUGACUGUCGGACUCACCUCUUCGUUGUUAAAUGCCCUCUCAAUAUUGGAGUAGGCCGCCAUUGCGAACUCCUUCAGUUGGAGAGACGUCUCAACUUCAAGCAUCACUGCGUGGAGGGCCGUCUUCUCCGACAUGCCCUUGAGUUAUGCCUGAAGUCAGACUCUCCCACCUUCAAGUCUUUUUUUGUUAAAAAAAAACUGUUUUGUUUGAAAUGUCAAAUGCUACGUUUGGUAAUAAGCAUAAUUGCCUUUUUACAUUUAUAAUACAUUUGUUCCACAUUUACACUACAUUUGCGAGAGCAUAACCAGGCCUUUAGAGUUCUGGCAAAAUAAAAACCUUUUGGAAAAUGGCAUUCAAUUGAACCUGCCAUCUAUUGAUCUACCUUGUAUUGAAACGAAGAGCAGCUUAUUAAUUUAGUUGCCAAGAUGCCACAAGGUUUAUGUGAAUCGUUCUAACGGCUUUUUAGUUACUAUUAAAACAAACUCAACAGUCUAGGGCUUUUAUCUUUAAAUUCAGCUCAGAAGGCCUUUGGUUCGAUAAACUAAGCUUAUGUGGUACUGGCAUACGUUUUUUUUCGGACAACAAACCCCAUUCUAUUUAAUAUAAUAUUGACAGAUGAUAUAAAAAACAACAAACAUAUACAUACAAUCACCCACCCUCACUUACACACCGCCACCCCCUAAAACCCAGUAACAAA